AUGUAUGAUGUGGCCAUCAAUUGGAGUGGAGGAUUGCAUCAUGCACGUAAAGAUGAGGCAUCUGGAUUCUGUUAUAUAAACGAUAUUGUGUUGGCGAUUGUCGAGUUGUUGAAAUACCAUGCACGUGUCCUAUACAUUGAUAUAGACAUUCACCACGGUGACGGUGUACAAGAAGCAUUUUAUUUGACCGAUCGUGUCAUGACGGUAUCUUUUCACAAGUAUGGAGGCGAUUUCUUCCCCGGUACAGGCGACCUCGACGAGAUUGGUGUGCGUGGCGGCAAGCACUAUUCCGUCAACGUGCCUUUACGUGAUGGUAUAGACGAUCGAUCAUACCAGUCUAUCUUUAAACCAGUCAUACAAGGUGUGAUGGAUUACUAUCGUCCGUCAGCUGUCGUCCUACAGUGUGGUGCAGACUCGUUGCGAUUUGAUCGGUUGGGAUGCUUCAACCUCACGUUCAAGGGGCAUGCCGAAUGCGUACGUUUUGUCAAGUCGUUUAACCUGCCCACAUUGGUACUCGGCGGUGGUGGAUACACCGUAAGAAACGUCGCGAGAUGUUGGACCUACGAGACAUCGGUUCUGCUCGACACGGAAAUCUCCAACGAGCUCCCCUUUAACGACUACAUCCAAUACUAUGCGCCCGACUUUCAACUCCAUCCCGACUAUUCCGGCAUCCCCUUUAGAUACGAAAACCUCAACACCAAACAAUACCUAGAGAACCUCAAAAUCAAAAUCCUCGAAAAUCUCCGUCUCUUACAAUGGGCUCCCUCUGUUCAAAUUCAAGAUAUUCCUCCUGAUAUCAUGAAUCUUGAUCUUGGUAAUGAAGAUAAGCUUGAUCCAGAUAAAAGAAAACCAUCCAAAUCAUCAUUUGAAAGUAUAGAUACUUUAUAA